AUGCCCUAUACACCCUCUGGCUUUUUCUGCGACCGGUUGAUCCGGGAGCGAGAGAGGAGGGACGGGGAAGGCUCUCUCUGCAAGCCCCUGCGCUUCACCGGGCAGGACUUCAACACCCUGAAACAGGAGUGCGUUCAGAAGAAAAUCCUCUUCGAGGACGACACUUUUGCUGCUACCGUGGAGUCAUUGGGCUACAAGGAACUCGGGCACAAGUCCAACAAGGUCAAGAACAUCAUCUGGAAGAGGCCCAAGGAGAUCUGUGAGAACCCUCAGUUUGUUGUGGGAGGAGCUAGCAGGACAGACAUCUGCCAGGGAGAUCUUGGUGACUGCUGGUUGCUGGCUGCCAUUGCCUGUCUCACUCUAAACGACAAGCUUCUCUACCGAGUUGUUCCACAGGACCAGAGCUUCUCGGAGAACUAUGCUGGCAUCUUCCACUUCCAGUUCUGGCGCUAUGGCGACUGGGUGGAUGUUGUCAUUGACGACCGGAUUCCCACCUUCAACAACCAGCUGGUGUUUACCAAGUCUGCUGAGAGGAAUGAGUUCUGGAGUGCCCUGCUGGAGAAAGCUUAUGCCAAGCUGCACGGCUCCUACGAGGCCCUUAAAGGCGGCAACACCACGGAGGCCAUGGAGGACUUCACCGGAGGUGUGACGGAGUUCUACGAGAUGAAGGAAGCCCCCAAGGAGCUCUACAAAAUUAUGAAGAAGGCUCUGGAGAGAGGUUCUCUCAUGGGCUGCUCCAUCGAUUCUCUGGUUCCAGCACGAUUUGAGACACGUACUGUGACAGGACUUGUGAAGGGCCAUGCCUACUCUGUGACGGCCGUGGAGGAGUGUAAACAGUCCCAACACAAGGACUCUAAGGUGCGUCUUGUGCGCCUCAGGAACCCAUGGGGCCAGGUAGAAUGGAAUGGCCCUUGGAGUGACAACUCUAAGGAGUGGACCUCUCUCUCCAAGGCUGAGAAAGAGAAGCUGCAGCAUCAGAAUGCUGAGGACGGAGAGUUCUGGAUGUCCUUUGAGGACUUCAAGAAGAAUUACACCAAGAUCGAGAUCUGCAACCUGACCCCUGACGCGCUGGAGGAUGACAAGAUCCAUAAGUGGACCGUGUCAGUGAAUGAGGGCCGCUGGGUCAGAGGCUGCUCUGCUGGAGGCUGCAGGAACUACCCAGACACAUUCUGGACCAACCCUCAGUACCGCCUCCGUCUGCUGGAGGAAGAUGAUGACCCAGAGGACAAUGAGAUGGCAUGCACCUUCGUGGUGGCACUGAUGCAGAAGAAUCGACGGAAAGAGCGGAAGAUGGGAGCCAACCUCUUUACCAUCGGAUUCGCUAUUUAUGAGGUACCAAAGGAGAUGCAUGGGAACAAGCAGCACAUGCAGAAGGACUUCUUCCUGUUCAACUCUUCUAAGGCCCGCUGCAAGUCCUACAUCAACCUGCGUGAGGUGACCCAGCGCUUCCGCCUAAGCCCCGGGGAGUACGUCAUCGUGCCCUCCACCUAUGAGCCCCACCAGGAGGGCGAGUUCAUCCUGCGGGUCUUCUCUGAAAAGAGGAACACUUCAGAGGAGAUAGAGAACAGGAUCGAGGCCGACCAUCCAGUGCCUGCACCAGCCUCAGCGGGGGAAGAGAGCGAGGAGGAUCAGCAGUUCCGGACCAUUUUUCAGGAGAUAGCCGGCGAUGUGAGUACCAGGGAGUGGUUUUCCAGUUGUGGGUAUGAAAUGGAAAUUACAGCCAACGAAUUGAAGAAUGUUCUCAACAGAGUGGUCGCCAAACAUAAGGACAUCAGCACAGAGGGCUUUAGCCUGGAGAGUUGCAGGAGCAUGAUUGCUCUCAUGGAUAUGGAUGGGACAGGCAGACUUAAUCUGCAGGAAUUCAGACAUCUGUGGAACAAGAUCAAACAGUGGCAGGGAAUCUUUAAGCACUACAACUCAGACCAGUCAGGCAGCAUCAACAGCUACGAGAUGAGGAAUGCUGUCAAUGACGCAGGCUUCCGUCUCAACAACCAGCUGUACGACAUCAUCACCAUGCGCUACGCUAACGAGAACAUGAACAUCGACUUUGACAGCUUCAUCAGCUGUCUGGUGCGGCUUGAAGCCAUGUUCAGGGCAUUCCAGGCCUUUGAUCAAGAUGGAGAUGGCACCAUCAGACUCAGUGUGCUGGAGUGGCUCCAGUUAACCAUGUACGCCUAG